AUGCAGAUCUUCGCGACUGUUGUGUUGGCCGCUGUUGCCGCGCGUGAUGCGUUGGCUUCUCCUAUCCAGGCUCGAAGCCCGUAUGUUGUCAAGGAGACGCAUUAUGCGCCCAGGGAAUGGACCAAGCUCGAGAGGGCACAUGGUGGCAAGACUAUCCAGCUGCAGAUCGGUCUUAAGCAAGGUCGAUUCGAGGAGCUUGACCGCCAUCUUCGUGAAGUCUCCGACCCAGACCACAAGCGCUACGGUCAGCAUCUGAGCGCCGAUGAGGUUGACGAGCUGGUUGCGCCUAGCUCCGAGACUCACGACCUGGUGCACGAGUGGCUCCGCGAAAGCGGUAUCGACACCGACAAUGUGGGCUACAGCUCAGCCAAGGAUUGGGUCAUUGUCCAUCUUCCCAUUGAGAUGGUCGAGAGCCUUCUCGACACCGAGUACCACACCUACAAGCACAAGGAUGGCUCCAUUGUUGCGCGUACAACUGCCUGGUCUCUGCCCCGCCACCUGCACGCUCACAUCGACACCAUCCAGCCUACCACAUCCUUCUUCCGCGUUGCCCCCAAUGAGGCGACGUUUGUCGAUGAGGCAGUCGAGGUGCCCGCGAGCUAUCACACACCCCAGAACUCCUCCAUCUCUGCUGUCUGCAACGUGACAUCCGUCACCCCGGAAUGCUUCCAGACUCUCUACAAGACCAAAUGGUACCACACCAAAGCCAGCCGCAAGAACAGCGUCGGCUUCACAAACUACCUCGGCGAGAUCCCCAUUCGACCCGACACCAAGAUGUUCCUGGAGAAAUACCGCCCAGAAGCCGUAUCCCAAGCCUACGCCUUCAAGCAAAUCUCUAUCGACAACGGCCCCACUCAAGACGGUCCUCUGACCUACAACCAGUCCACCGUCGAGGGCAUCAGCCGCGAGGCCAACCUCGAUGUUCAAGCCAUCUCGGGCAUCAGCUGGAAAACACCUAUCACCUCCUUCUCCACCGGCGGCUCACCUCCCUUCACACCCGAUGUCUCCACUCCCACAAACACCAACGAGCCCUACCUAGUGUGGGUGAACUGGCUGCUCUCCCAGCACUCCAUCCCCCGCAUCAUCUCCACCUCGUACGGCGACUCGGAGCAGACCGUGCCCAAGAGCUACGCCGAGCGUGUCUGCAAGCAAUUCGCUCAAGUAGGUGCCAGAGGCACAACCCUCUUCUUCUCCUCCGGCGACCGCGGUCUCGGCGGCACAGAUACCUGCUACACAAACGACGGCCGCAACAAGUACCAAUUCCUGCCCAACUUCCCCGCCUCGUGCCCCUACGUCACAACUGUCGGUGCGACCAUGAACUUUGAGCCCGAGGAAUCGGCUUACCGCCCAAGUCGCAACACGUCUGCUGGUUUCCGCGACCUCUACUCCAGCGGCAGUGGCUUUAGCAACUACUUCCCUCGCCCUUGGUACCAAGACAGCGUCGUGCCACAGUACGUUGACUCGCUCGGCGAUACCUACGAGGGUCUGUACAACAAGACGGGCCGCGGAUACCCUGAUCUGGCUGCCCAAGGUCUGUACUUUGCCUACUUCUGGAAUGGCACUGAAGGCACCAUUUCUGGUACUUCGGCGUCUUGCCCAUUGACUGCUGGUAUCUUCGCCCUGGUCAACGAUGCGCUGUUGGCCAGUGGCAAGCCCGCCCUAGGUUUCUUGAACCCUUGGUUGUACAAGAAGGGGUACAAGGGACUUACUGAUAUUACCAAGGGCUUCAGCUAUGGAUGCAACGUUCAAGGUUUCCCCGUUACGGAAGGCUGGGAUCCGAUUACUGGGUUUGGAACGCCCGAUUUCCCUAAACUGGUCAAGCUGGCUGGCGCACAUGUGCACUGA